UCCUUUGCCUAUUGCUACUUCAUUACCUAACCAUAUCAACCUUUUAGCUCUAUCCUACCAUUAAUAAUGCUAUAAAUACCUCUUCUCAUUCAAAACCAUAUUCACCAAUCUCUUAAACUCUUCUUCAACUCUCAUAUCUUACUUUACAAACACUACUCAUAUAUCCUUUCAUGGCUUCUCUUUCUUCUACCAACUCAGCUUUACUGUUGGUUACUCUUUUUGUUUUUGGCUCUUUUGGGGUUUAUGUCUCAGCUGGGGAUUUGAACCAAGAUUUUAAGAUUACAUGGGGUGAUGGCAGAGCUAAUAUUGUCAAUAAUGGAGAGCUUCUUACUCUGUUGCUUGACAAAGGGUCAGGCUCUGGAUUUGAGUCAAAGAAUGAGUAUUUGUUUGGCCAAAUUGAUAUGCAAAUCAAGCUUGUUGCUGGAAACUCUGCUGGCACUGUCACUGCCUAUUAUUUGUCAUCAAAAGGGUUAACUUGGGAUGAGAUUGACUUUGAGUUCUUGGGGAAUCUCAGUGGUGAUCCUUACAUUCUUCACACCAAUGUGUUUAGCCAAGGCAAAGGCAACAGAGAACAACAAUUCUACUUAUGGUUUGAUCCAACUGCUGAUUUCCACACAUACUCCAUUCUUUGGAACCCUCAACACAUUGUCUUCUCUGUGGAUGGUACCCCAAUUAGAAAGUUCAAGAAUUUGGAAUCAAAGGGUGUGCCAUACCCAAAGAACCAGCCAAUGAGAAUCCACUCAAGUCUUUGGAAUGCUGAUGAUUGGGCCACAAGGGGUGGUUUGGUUAAGACUGAUUGGAGCAAGGCUCCCUUCACAGCCUCAUACAGAAACUUCAAUGCCAAUAAUGCUUGUGUUAUGAACUCUGGCUCAUCUUCUUGUGCUUCAUCAAACUCUCAAGCUAAUUCAAAUUCAUGGCUCAACCAAGAGUUGGACUCAGCUGGUGAACAAAAGCUCAACUGGGUUCAGAAGAAUUACUUGAUCUACAAUUACUGCACUGAUUCUAAGAGAUUUCCCCAAGGUUUCCCUAUAGAAUGCACCAUGGCCUAAACAAAAGAUGCCAAAAUAAACACAUCUCAUAAAUGUGUUUUAAGAAAAUUUGAUUGUAUUUGUGUAGAUUAUUUAAUUUGUUAUAUCAAUAAUACAAUUCUUUUAUUCA